GCUGUAGCAGCUUGAGAGGCAAAGGGAAAUAAGCAGCUGAUGGCUUCAGUUAUACUUGGUGGGCUUGAUCUGAGUGUUCUUUUGGCAGUCGCACUUAUCUUGGUUUUGGUAAGUAGGUGUAUCUUAAAGAAGGGACGAACAGAACAAUAUUCAUACUAAGGGUCAAUGCUGAAGCUGGACAUGAGUAUGAAGUGUUUUUGAGCUUCCGGGGGCCGGACAGUCGCUUAGAGUUCACUGACAAUCUAUAUCAUCGUCUGAAAGAUGCAGGAGUCCAAACCUUCAGGGAUGAUGAAGAGCUCCGUGUCGGAGAAGAGAUCGGGCCUGAGCUCAUGAGGGCAAUCAAGCAGUCAAAAAUCUCCAUACCCAUCUUCUCAAAGGGCUAUGCUUUGAGUAAGUGGUGUCUCAAGGAGGUGGCGGAGAUGGUGAAGCACAAGGAUGAGACGAAGCACAUGAUCCUGCCCAUUUUCUUAGACGUAACGACAGAUGAAGUUCAGCACCAAACUGGGAGUUAUGCUGAAGCCUUUGCCCAGCACGAGGAAAAAUACAACUUCAAGACUGUUCAGGAGUGGAGGGAUGCUCUCCAAAAGGUUGUGAAACUGAAAGGGUUGGAACUCAAGAAAGAGGCAAAUGGGAGACAUGGAGAAUUCAUUAAAAAGGUGCUUGCAAGGGUUCUCAUCAGUUUGAAGAAGGCUUAUCUGGAUGUCAAUGACAUCUUGAUUGGAAUCGAUCACCAUGUCGAAGCUAUCAAGACGACAUUGCUGGAGGUUGAUGAAACAGGUGUUCAAAUUGUUGGAAUAUGGGGCAUGGGCGGAAUUGGGAAAACAACUCUUGCAAAAGUUGUCUACAACCAACUUUUGGAUCAAUUUGAAUCUUCUUGCUUCCUUAAUGACAUUCGAGAAACAUCCUCACAGCAUAAAGGUCUUGAGUACUUGCAAAGCAAGCUAGUCGCUGACAUCUUAAAUUGUGAGCGCAAAGAUUUUGCUAAUACGGAUGAAGGAACCAAGCAACUCAAGUACAGGCUCCGUCACAAGAAAGCGAUCAUUCUUUUGGAUGACGUCGAUGGAGUCGACCAACUCAAGGCUUUAGCUGGGGAUCUUGCUUGGUUUGGUCCAGGAAGCAGGAUCAUUAUUACAACCCGAGAAAAGAAAGUUCUAGAUCUAUUUCAAGUAAGUGAUAUUUAUGAACUCACACUGCUGAGCGCAGAUCAAGCUUUUGAACUCUUCUGCAGGCAUGCAUUUAUAAAAGGCUUGCCGACACCUGACUUAUAUGGCUUGUCCUGGGAUAUCGUGAGGACAACUGGAAGCCUCCCUCUGGCUCUUGAGGUAAUAGGCUCUUCUUUAUCUACAAGCAGUGGGCGCAAGGAGAUAUGGCAAGGUACACUGAAGCAGUUGAAGAAGAAACCCCAUAUGAAGGUUCAAGAUACGUUGAGGAUAAGUUAUGAUGGUUUGGAUCGUAAGCAGCAGGAGAUAUUUCUCGAUAUUUCAUGUUUCUUCAUUGGAACGGAUGCUAGAACAGUAAAACCCAUGUGGGAUGAUCGUGAUUUUUUCCCGGAAGUUGAAAUUGAAAUCCUUCUCUUGAAGUCACUGAUAAGAAUCACAGAUGACAGUAAGCUAUGGAUGCACGACCAACUCAGAGACCUUGGCAGGGAAAUUGUGGAACAGGAAAACUACAAAGAGCCAUGGUUGCGUAGUAGAUUGUGGCACAGUGAAGUGGCGAUGCGUGUAUUAGAGAGACAGCCAUGGGAGGGGAAGACAAAAGUUGAGGCCAUCAGUCUAGAAGGAUAUCAGUUCCGCUUGGAAGAUCACUGCAUUGAGGAUGAUCAGUUCAUGCAUCUAACAAAUUUGAGGAUCCUUCAGCUAGAAAAGGCAAGUCUUUGUGGAAAUUUCGAGCGUCUUCUACCGGAUCUGCAGUGGCUAAGCUGGCGAUUCUGCAACUCCAAUCCUACGCCGCCAACCAAUUUAGAUCUGAAGAACCUAAUUGUUUUGGACCUGUCAAGGAGCAUGGUCAGUGAGGAUUGGGCUGGCUGGAGCUUGAUGAAGGUGGCCAGGAAGCUAAAAGUUCUUGAUCUUACAGGUUGCCUGCAACUAAGAAAAACUCCUGAUUUCUCAGCAUUUCCAGCUUUGGAGAGACUGAUUCUUAGAUCAUGUCACAACUUGAUCAGCAUAGAUCCAUCUAUAGAGAAACUCAGUGCUCUCGUCUCUUUAGACAUAAGGAACUGCACGACCCUCAAGGAUUUGCCUCAGUUGGGUUCUAUGGAAGCACUGACUGAGCUUCUAGUUGAUGGAACCUCUAUACGGGAACUACCUGUAUUGAGAGAUACGGACAAGCUUGAAAAUCUGGAAACCCUCAGCGCCAACAACUGCAAAUUGCUUGCUCAAAUUCCAGACUCAUUAAAAUGCUUAAAGAAACUAAAGCUACUCUCGUUGGACAACUGCCAGUCACUGGGAGCAGUUCCAGACUCCAUUGGCCAGCUGACCUCAUUGGUCGAGCUGAGCUUGUCUGGCACACAAAUCAGGAGAUUGCCUGACUCCGUAGGCAAUUUAACUCUCUUGACGGUGCUCAAGAUUGAUCAUAGUCGUAUGACUUGCUUGCCGAGCACUCUUUCAACUUUGGAGAAUCUACAAGUGCUAAAUGCCAGUGGUUGUGUAGACUUGGAGGGAGAAAUUCCAAUUAACAUUGGAAGCAAAUCCUCUAUGAGGAUCUUACAGUUAGCUGAUACAAAGAUUAGUAGCCUUCCGACAAGUAUUAGUUGCCUCCGCCAACUCGAGAUUCUUGAUUUAGGAGGGUGCCAGUGGCUCGAGGCUCUGCCUAAUCUGCCCUCUAGCUUAAUCAGUCUAAGGCUCGGUGGUGAGUCGAUCCGGAUUUUUCCGAAUCUAAAGCACCUGAUCAACUUGAAGGAAUUGAUAUGCUCGGGGUGCCACCAGCUUGUGGAAGUGCCUCCGGGUAUCAGGAACCUAUCCAAGUUGGAGAAGUUGGAAUUAUCCAAUACUGGCAUAACUACCUUGCCAGAACAGGUUGGCGCCCUCCCUCGUCUCAGAGAGCUCCGCAUUCGGAAGUGUUUGAAACUAAAAUGCCUCCCGAGGCUUCCACCAAGCUUGUAUGAGCUGGAGAUUUCGUUCUGUUCUUCACUCGCGAGGUUGCCAAAUCUUUCAAACUUGAACAAGUUGUCCGUGUUACGUGUGUACAGCAGCUGCAAAAUAACCGAGAUUCCAGGCCUGCAGGGUUUAACAUCUCUCAAAAGAUUGGAUACAUCAUUAUGCCCGAUAACUCACCUUGAUGGUCUUGAAAGGCUAUACUUUGUAAGUUCUUUACACGUUCAAUGGAGCCAAAUGGUAAAGCUACCUAACUUGCCGAGGUUGAGGAGGUUGUCUGAGAUGACUGCUUCCUACCGUAGAAAGCAUGGACCUAAGGUUGCAUGACUUAAGAAAUCUCUACUUGGUCAGUUGCAAUUCAAUGGAAAAGUUACCAAAAUUGUCAAAGUUGAAAUUGUUGAAUUAUUGUAUUUGGACAGCUGCAUGAAGCUAAGUUAAGUUGAAGGGCUUGGAAAAUUGGAAUCAAGAAAUUCUCUUCCUAUCUGUAAUAUCUUACCGAAAGUGGAAAGAUUCACCUACAGAAAACAGUAAAUUCUGCUAAUACAGAAUGUGCUCUGAGUGCCAGGUUUGUGCGGUUCAAAGGAAAGGGAAAGGAGACUCAUGGAACUGUCAGGGAAGAUUAUUUGGGGAUGUCGUAAGGGUUAUCAUGCCUCGCUUUUGUAAUGUUUAAUAUAUUUUAGUAUUGAACUUGGUCUUCAGCCCCCAAAUUCACGAAGGAAAAAAAAAGGCGAUUACAUCCCAUGCAAUUUCUAUUUCGAUACAGGUCUUAGCUUUAACAGUGAUGUUGGCUUAGUUGUUUGGUAAUCUGCACGCAACUGUGACCAACUACGUGCUAGCAUCGUUCCUCCAAACAUCAUUGUAAUUUCUAGUUUUCUUGCAAUUCAAGCUUACAUCAUUC